AAAAUUUUAUACGGUAAAUCAAUAUUCAACGCAAAGCAGUAAAGUCCGCAGCUAGCCUCAGCUCUUUCCACAAAUCAAAGCAGAGCUGCAGCUGCAGGGAAAUUUCCUCUUCCGCAGACUAUUCACAAAGUGAUAAUUCCCAACUUCCUCGCGUUUCCUUCAAAGCACAGUAACUUCCAGUCCUUUCCCGAAGCUGUCCAUGAAGCCUUCGAUGUCUUCAAAUUUCAUACAACAGUCUCAACCCAUAUAUAGACGCAACCCCUCCCCAUUCCAUUCCACAAAUCAAUCGCACAAACCCAUUUCCCCUUUUCUCUACAAAGAACGCAUUCGUUUCAUACUUUCAUUACCAAGACAAGGUUAAGAUCAAUCUGAGAAUUCUAGUUCGCCAAUUAACCCAUCUAAUUAAUGGCUGUGUCUCUCACUAAUCUGUACGCCAUCCCUUCUGUCUCAAAAUCAUGGGAGGUGGAUAUUUUCAACUGGGCCAACAGUAUUCACCACUUCUUCUCUAAAUUUCAGUCUUCGUUCCAAUCCCAACUCGGUUGCUCCACCAAUUUGAAGCUUCAGGCCAUGAAGAAGAACCAGGAAGCAGAGCUGCCCGGCCGGACGAUAGCAGGCGAUGGGAAAGCGUGCAGCAAGCGAGAUGUAGAGAUGGUGAUGGAGACGAUGGGGAUUUGGGGCUGCGACGCGUCGGAGGAUGAGAAGCACGGGGAGGGGUUGGGCUGUGAUGAGGUUUCGAACUUGUUUGAAGAGGAGGAGCCACGGUUGGAAGAGGUGGAGGAAGCUUUCAGGGUGUUUGAUGAAAACAGAGAUGGGUUUAUUGAUGCAGGGGAGUUGCAGAGACUUCUGUGUGUGUUGGGGUUCAAGGAAGGAUCUGAGAUUGAGGGGUGCAACAGGAUGAUCAGAGCCUAUGAUGAGAAUGGAGAUGGAAGGAUUGAUUUUAAUGAAUUUGUGAAAUUAAUGGAGAACAGUUUUUGCUGAAUUUUUUAUUUGGAAAAUACUGGGUACCUUUUUACAGUUCAACAAUUUGACAGAUUCUUUUGCUUGCA